GCAGCCGGUGAGAGAGCGUGAUAAAGCUGUCAAUAGCGCAGAGCACAUAAGCCAGCUGAUCAAAAAAUAUCAGGCAAUGAUUGUGCAGCAGCCAACAGAGACGCCAUCGCCGGCGCCGGCGCAGACGCAGGUGCAGCUGAAACCGGCAACGUUAUUAGCAAAUAGUGCUGCCAAUUCAGAUGAGGGCUGCAAUGCGGGCGGUUUGAGUCCGUGCAGCAGCGACAAUGAAUGUGACAUCAAUGCGGCCGUUGCACGCCGCAAACCGAAAGUGACGCGCUGUGCGAGCAGCGAUUCGGCACUGGGACUGGAAGUUGAAGCGGAUGAUGUGAAUAUGGAAGUGAUGGCGCCGACGCCGCAGCGACGCAUGACGCUAACCGUUACCGAUUUACCGUUGCGGCCAGCCCUAUUACCGCUAGCCGAACCAACAGCGCUGCCCGACUCACCGCUGACAUCACCAACCAGCGCCCAUGCCAUGGGUCUGGGCACGGCUGGUGUUGCUGCCGGUGGUGUUGUCGGUGUGCCGACCAAAGUGCUGCUGGAGGAGCGAGUGGUGGCGGCGGCACUGUCAGCGCCAUCGGGCUCGCGACGCGAGUCGACGCAAAGCUGCAUCAGUGAGCUGGGCGGAUUGGCGGGGGUGCGUUAUGUGCGAACGCCAUCGGUGGUUGUCUCCGACUAUUCGGAUGAUAUAACUGCAUGUGGCAUUAGCAUGGAGGAAAUGGAAUAUUUUCGCUUGCAGCGUGCACGCUGCCAGCGUCGCUGUUCGCUGGAGGCGAGCGCUGCCAAUGUCGCUGGCGUCGCUGGCCGGGAUGAUGGCGGCCAGUCGGAUGUGAGUGCCGCGAGCAGUUGCAGCAAUCUAUAUUAUUGUGGCUCAACGAUAUCAGCACUCGAUGGUGGCGAGUGCAUCGUUAACGGGAUACGCGUUGCACUUGCCCGCAAAUCGAGUCGCAGCAGCAGUGACGAUGGCGAAUUGGAAGUGCACGAGGAGCACGAGCACGAGCACGAGCACGACCAGGACCAACAACAACAACAACAGCAGCAGCAACAUCAGCAGCAGCAACAGCAACAGCAGCAGCAACAACAACAGCAGCAGCAACAGGAACAGGAACUGGAAUUGGAAGGGGAACGCGAGCUGAGCGAGCUUUUGGCUGGCACACAGCUUGGCGAUGUCUCUAAGAAGGUAUGUUGCACUUUGAGCGUAGUUAAAGCGAAGAGCGAACACUGAGCAAAACAAAAGACUUAAGCA